AUGAAUAAGGCUGAUGGACUUGAGCCAGAGCAGUUCCGAAAGCUGUUUAUUGGAGGUCUAUCGAUAACAACAAGUGAUGAGGCACUCAAGGAUUACUAUUCGCAGUGGGGUGAGCUAGUGGACUGCAUUGUGAUGAGAGAUCCGUCGACGAAGCGUUCGCGUGGCUUCGGAUUUGUCAGCUUUUCAAAGCAAUCGGAGGUUGAUGCCGCAAUGGCAGCACGGCCGCAUAUGAUCGAUGGGAAGCAGGUGGAUCCGAAACGAGCUGUGCCACGUGAUCAAUCGACACGCAGCGAAGCAAAUGUCUCCUCAAAGCGAUUGUACGUUUCGGGUGUUCGAGAGGAACACACUGAACAAGUUUUUGAGGAAUAUUUCAGUCAGUUUGGUAAGGUGCAGAAGGUGAGGAAAAUGUUUUUUUUUUUCUUGAAGAAAAGGAAAUGUUUUUUUUCCGGCUGUUUGGAAAAAUUGGAAGUUAAGACCUCUUUGUACCUGUGUGAAAUCAGGGCGCUUAGGAAGUAA